GAAGCGAUUACAGGAAGUACGAGCAUACAGUUUGUGCCUUGAGCAUUCUAUGAGACUGCCGCCUACCGGUAAGGCGUUAGUACUGCCAUAACAGACAUCGUCACAUGACAAUAUCCAACUUCCGCAUCUCAUCUGUUGAAGUUCAGUCAAUCAGUCAGUGCAUCACGACAUUCAGACAUGGCUUGCUCAAGGGUUGGAGUUGUGCUACUGUGUUCCCUCUUUGCAAGUACACUUGGUGUGCCGCCGACCUUCAGUGUGGACUACAAGAACGACUGCUUCCGUAAGGAUGGGGAAGAGUUCCGCUACAUCUCCGGUAGCAUCCACUACAACAGGAUCCCCAGGGCCUACUGGAAAGACAGGCUACUCAAGAUGUAUAUGGCCGGACUGAACGCCAUUCAGACGUACGUCCCCUGGAAUUUCCACGAGCCCUCCUCGGAUCAGUACAACUUCAGUGGGGACAGGGAUCUAGAACACUUCCUGCAGUUGGCCCAAGACAUUGGUCUGCUGGUUGUACUGAGGCCUGGGCCCUACAUCUGUGGAGAGUGGGAUAUGGGGGGUUUGCCUGCCUGGCUGCUCCACAAGAAAGACAUUGUCCUGCGUUCCUCAGACCCAGAUUACAUUGCGGCUGUUGACAAGUGGAUGGGCAUGCUACUGCCAAUUUUGAAGCCGUUCCUUUAUCAGAACGGCGGCCCAAUCAUCACUGUUCAGGUGGAGAAUGAGUACGGAAGCUACUUUGCCUGUGACUACAACUACCUGCGUCACCUGACCAGUCUGUUCCGCUCCCACCUGGGGAACGACGUGGUGCUAUUCACCACAGACGGGGCCGGGGCCGGGUACCUCAAGUGUGGCUCUCUGCAGGGCCUCUACGCCACUGUGGACUUCGGCCCAGGUGGGAAUGUGUCUGCUGCAUUUGAUGCACAGAGACAGGCAGAGCCCCAUGGACCCUUGGUGAACUCUGAGUUCUACACCGGCUGGCUGGACCACUGGGGAGAGCAUCACUCUACAGUGUCCACCGCCAUCGUGGCCAAGUCCCUCAACGAGAUCCUCGCCAUCGGCGCCAGCGUUAAUCUAUACAUGUUUAUUGGAGGAACCAAUUUUGGAUACUGGAAUGGAGCCAAUACCCCCUAUGCCCCCCAGCCUACUAGUUAUGACUAUGACGCCCCGCUCACUGAGGCAGGAGACCUCACUGACAAGUAUUUUGCCAUCCAGGAUGUCAUCAAACUGUAUCGGAAGAUACCAGAGGGACCCGUGCUUCCAUCAACACCUAAAUAUGCCUACGGAGCUGUACCAAUGAAGAAGCUCCACACAGUAGUCGAUGCUCUAGAUAUACUAUCCUUCUCCGGUCCUGUCAAAAGCAUCUACCCGCUGACCUUCAUUGAGAUGAACCAACUGUUUGGGUUCGUCCUCUAUCAGACCAAGCUGCCUGUGGACUGCAGUAAGCCCACCCCUCUGUCCUCACCACUGAAUGGAGUCCACGACCGGGCAUAUGUAUCAGUCGACGGGGUUGCUGCUGGGAUUCUAGAGAGGGACAAGGCCCUGACUAUCAACGUGACUGGGAAGGCUGGGAGUCAGGUGGACAUACUGGUGGAGAAUAUGGGCCGAGUCAACUAUGGGAAAGACAUCAACGACUUUAAGGGCCUGGUGUCUAACCUGACAUUGGGGGCUGACAUCCUCACCGGCUGGGAAGUCUACAGCCUCAGCAUCGACCAGGCUGUUAGCCAGGGUCUUCUCUGGGAGAUGGGCUCCAGGGAAGCUGGCAUCCCACCACCUUCUCCCCUCUCCGUCCCCUCCUUCUAUGGGGGCACCUUUGUCAUCCCGGACGGCAUCCCAGACCUGCCCCAGGACACCUACAUCCAGUUCCCUGACUGGAGAAAGGGCCAGGUGUGGAUCAACGGUUUCAACCUGGGCCGCUACUGGCCCGCUCGCGGCCCACAAAUCACCUUGUACGUGCCUGCUAGCAUCCUGAGCACAGCCGCGCCCAACAACGUGACCGUCCUGGAGCUGGAGGGAGACCCAUGCACCCCCGGGCCCUGUACCGUGGAGUUUGCCAACACCCCGGUCCUGAAUGCCACGGCUAAGUCUGACCACAAACACCAGAGGGCGUUGUUCCAUAAAGAGGAUCUCUUAUGAUGAGCGCUGAUGAAAAAUACACUUACUGUAUUUAUCUGGAAGUGAUCUAUUUGCACUAAUCUUUAUAAAAUCAAAGAGUAAUGUAAUGUUUGUAAUUUAUCACGGGUGGCUGUACCUCUCAUAUUACCUCUAUUUGACAAUUCAGUGUCUUAAGCCUACAUGAUUUUGUUUACACAAGGAUCUGUAUUCAAGGGGAAUUAAGUAUGGGUCAUUUGAGCGGUAUGUAUAUAUUUAGGGAAAUUAAAUCAAGUUCACUAAGGAAAAUGAGUCAUUUAGAAGGGCUAUGAACUUGAGUAGUACUCUAAAUAUAAGUUGAGGUCAGUGGUGCUCAAAUCAUGAGCCUGGAGGUCCAUAGUACUGCUGGUUUUCUUUUUAUGUCAGGGCUCCAUGCAGCCGACAAUGCCCCUUUUUAAAGGCAUUUUCCCCGAUGCUCACAGAUCACAUUCAUGGUAAAUGCUGGCAUGUCUGCUCAAGUGUAAAUUACCUUUAAAAGUAUCUUAUAGUGCGCUGCGCUAUAGAGCGCCUUGAGUUAAAUCCUGCCCUAUAUUGUGAAUUGGGGAAGGAUGAUUGAGAAGGAUGUGUGCCAAAUGAUCCGUGUCUUAUUGUGUGCCACCUAACUGCAGGGAUAUUAUGUUUUCAUUGAUUUCUGUAAUGAACCAUUUGGUGGGUCUUGUAAAUGAAUAGUUCUUGUGUUCAACUGGAAUCCUGAUGCUUCUAUUAACAAUUUGAUUAUUUCAAUUACUUUGGGAUUUCCUUGUAUCUUGGUUAUCAUUUUUGUUAAUCUGUUUAAUGUGCAGGCACAAGAUUUAUAAAUGUUUUAAUAAAAUUUUAUGAAUGCAA